UUCCCACCAGCACCAUGACUGAUGAUGAGCUGUCUGCCUUGGUAGUGGAUAAUGGCUCUGGGAUGUGCAAGGCAGGCUUUGGUGGUGAUGAUGCCCCCCGGGCUGUGUUCCCGUCCAUGGUGGGGCGGCCUCGACACCAGGGGGUCAUGGUAGGCAUGGGCCAAAAGGACUGCUAUGUGGGGGAUGAGGCCCAAAGCAAGAGAGGCAUCCUGACCUUGAAGUAUCCCAUUGAGCAUGGAGUGGUCACCAACUGGGACGAUAUGGAGAAGAUCUGGCAUCACACUUUCUACAAUGAACUCCGCGUGGCACCAGAUGAGCAUCCUAUCCUCCUCACAGAGGCACCCCUCAACCCCAAGAUCAACCGGGAGAAGAUGACUCAGAUCAUGUUUGAGGCCUUCAACACACCAGCCAUGUAUGUGGCUAUCCAGGCUGUACUGUCCCUCUACGCCUCGGGUCGGACCACAGGCAUUGUGAUGGAUUCUGGGGAUGGGGUCACUCAUACUGUGCCCAUCUAUGAGGGUUAUGCCCUGCCUCAUGCCAUUCUACGUAUGGAUCUGGCAGGCAGAGACCUGACUGAUUACCUCAUGAAGAUCUUGACAGAACGAGGCUACAACUUCACCACCACAGCUGAGCGUGAGAUUGUACGUGAUGUUAAAGAGAAGCUGUGCUAUGUGGCCCUGGACUUUGAGCAAGAGAUGAUCAGUGCUGUUGCAUCCUCCUCCCUAGAAAGAAGUUAUGAGCUUCCUGAUGGGCAGGUGAUCACCAUUGGGAAUGAACGCUUUCGAUGCCCUGAAGCCAUUUUCCAGCCUUCCUUUCUGGGCAUUGAGUCCAGUGGGAUCCAUGAGAAAACCUUCAACUCUAUCAUGAAGUGUGAUGUAGAUAUUCGCAAGGACCUCUUUGCCAACACUGUGUUGUCUGGAGGCAGCACCAUGUACCCUGGCAUCGCUGACCGGAUGCAGAAGGAAAUUGUAGUCCUGGCACCCAGCACCAUGAAAAUCAAGAUCAUAAGUCCCCCAGAGAGGAAGUAUUCCGUGUGGAUUGGAGGCUCUAUUCUGGCCAGCCUGUCCACAUUCCAGCAGAUGUGGAUCAGUAAGCAGGAAUAUGAUGAGGCAGGACCUCCCAUUGUUCAUAGAAAAUGUUUCUGAAUGGGCUUCCAUGUUAAUGUUUUUUCAUUCUGCCUUUGUGUUUUCUGGAUCAUAGUGAUGGUACUGUUUUAAUUCACUUUCAGUAGAGUUAAGGUAAAUAAGUCUACUCUUCUUAGUGUCUAAAUCAGAUUU